AUGAGGUUGGUGGUAGAAAUAUUGACAGGAAAACUCUUCUACAUUCAACUGGGCGACGAUGCCACGGUUGAAGACCUAAAGAGAGAGAUUGGAGCACAAGAAAAGCUCCCUCGUGAUCGUCUCAUUCUGAUCCUCAAUGGUGAGCUGAGCCACUUGAUGAACGACAAUGAACUCUCUCUGCUCGAUUAUGGAGUCCAAGAUGGCUCCCAUGUCUAUCUCUUUUUUGAUCCUCUUGAUGAUUGUUCCUUCCAUCAUUUCCUGCUAAAAUCUCAGGACCCCACUUCCUCUCAGGCCGAUCAAUCUCCACUCAUCGGUCCCUCUCAUCAACUUACUGAAUGA